AGAGCUCGGGGGUCUCCCCGACAGCCUCCUCAUAAAGGGCCGUUUGGAACCCAGUCCCCAGCAGAUCGGUCUGUCACUUGGUCCUCAGCCGAGCCAAAACAUCCCAUCACUACCUGCUGCCUAGCUGCUCAACCGUCCUCCUGCUGCCUGCACUCUAGUAACAUGGCCGUGUCUCGCCUCCUGCUGCUUACCACUCUGGUGCUGCUGGGUGCCAUCAUGAUCACAGAAGGACUGCGUAUGGCCAAUGGCCCCAAGAUGUGCUGCUUCAAGUUUGAAACUCGCCCACUGCCUCAGAAACGUGUGAUAAGCUACAGCCACACCAGCAUGCAGUGCUCCAAACCUGCUGUGAUACUUCAGACUGCGAGGCGUCAGGUGUGCGCGCAGCCCUCCGAGACCUGGGUACAGCAGAUCAUCAGUGGCCUGGACGCCAAGAACCCUGGACAGCAGAGCCCGCUGUGAACAUGAGGCACACACACAAACACACUUGUUUGAACAUGAGGUCUACAGACACCAACAUACACACUCAUGUAAACACACAGACACACACACUCAUAUACUAAACAGUUUCCAAAAAAUACCUAAACCUGCAUAGUGUACCUUUAAACUGUCAUAUUUACACUGAUUGUGAGGACUAAAUGAAUGUACAAUAUCUAUUCCAUAGAGAAAAUAAGCUUUGUUUUUUAAAUCAAAUACUUACCUCUUUAAUUAUAAUGAAACAUACAUGAACUGAAAAGCAUACACAUGCCGAUAAAACAAAGCUAAUAUAAUAAUAUUGUAUCCUUUAUUGUAUAUUGUAAUCUUCAUAUUUUGUUGACCUCUUGUGUAAUAAACCUUCUUAUCAGUGUGAAAUAUUUACUU